AUGGCGCGGCGUGCAUCAGCAAGGAGCUCCUUUGCAGGAGCCGGCAGCACGGGCAGCGCCCGCCACGACACGUUUCCUGCCCCUGUGCAGCGGUGCCGCUCGCCUCGACCGGUGACCGCAGGCGGUGGUGAGGAUGGCGGCGCAGCCGGAGCAGAGCCGGAGCAAGGCGGCAAGGAGGGAGGAGGGAAGCAGCCGCCGGCACGGGGAGGCUAUUUUUGGCAAGGACCGGUGUUACGCCGCCACCCCCCCGGCGGCGGCUGCCGCUGCACCGGGAUACUGGAGGUGAAGUGGGAGGGCAGGUGGAGCCGCGUGUGCCGGGACAGUGUGAGCGAAGUCGUCGUGGACGGCAUCUGCCAACGGCUGGGCUGCAUCCCCCCCAUCGCCGAGCCCCUCCAGCUCGUCUCCACUGGUGGGAAGGAGCCAUACAUGUGGCUGCUGAAGUGCCUGGAGUCGGCGGCCGGCCCGGCAGGGUGCAGCAAGCCAGCGAACUGCAGAACAGAGCAUGCCGUCCUCGCUUGCAGCGAGCCGGUGAAAACCACUCCCGAGCCCCCGCCGACCACCCGCCCGGCGCCGCCAGGACCCGCCAGGUUGCGGCUGGUGGAUGGGAACUUCAACUGCUCGGGCUUCGUGGAGCUGCACAGGCAGGGGCUGUGGGGGGCCGUGGCGGGCAGCCCGGGCAUCUGGCCGGAGCUGGCCACCCACGUCUGCCAGGCUCUCAGCUGCGGCACCGUCAUCGACGGCCGUGGGCACGGAGAGCGGGAAAGCCACUUGCCGGUGCGGUGGGAGGUGGUGGAGACCUGCAAGAGCCAUCGGCUCCUUGACCAUCUGCUCCUCAACUGCUUCAACAGGACCAGCGCCCGGCGGGGGAAAACGCCCGCCUUCAUCAUCUGCUCCGGUUCCCAGCCCCAGGCCCUGCGGAGGCUGGCGGCCGGCCCCACGCCUUGCGAAGGGGACAUCGAGGUCUUUCACGAGGGGCAGUGGCGGGUGCUGUGUGACAACCAGGCGCAGCGAGCCGAGUGGGGCAGGCAGCUGUGCCGGGAGCUGCGGUGCGGGAACCUCUCCUCCAGCACCGAGGUCCGGGUCCCCUCCUCGGUGGGCGUCACCUGCGGGGUCCCCACCCUGCAAUUCUGCCCCGCCAGCUUCAGGGCCUCCCGGACCUGCUCCCGGAUCAGAGUCGUGUUCUCCUUCCACCGCAACAGCACCGUCACCCUGAGGCCGCGGGCAGAGGGGCAGCGGGCGCAGGGGGGUGGGGACGACUACGCUCAGCCCCCCCAAAAGAGCUCCUACCUCUCGGCUUACCCAGCCCUGGAAGGCAAGCGCAGAGCUUCCAACCAGCCGGACAACUCCUCCGACAGCGACUACGACCUGCACUCUGCCCGCAGAGUGUGA